CACAGCCCCUUCACCUUGACCAGACAAGAAGGUUUAGGGAUUGAAAGUCAAAGCGAGAUCCACCAUGUGCGCGCAGGGAUUUUGUCCAUUGCCUCCCCGAUGCCAUGCCCGACUCCGAAAUCCUCAUUCACAUCUCCGCGCCCGGGACCGUCCGUGACGAUGCACGCUAUCGGGCUCAAGUCGAGGCCAUCCUCGCAUUCCAGGCCUCCACCCGCCAAGUGAUCACCUUGCGAUCGGACAAUGACCAUACCGAUGAAGUGAACACUGCCGACAGCGCACAACUGGCCGCCUCAUCGGCGGCAGUAAGAUCGACCGCGAACAGCAAUAGUGGUGAGGCGGACGAUGAUAAUCGAGAGCCUAACACUGGCUCUUUGCAUAUACCUCAUCGGCAACCAGAAACAAUACCAGUCUUGGCCGGGGUCUUUUCACCUGGCCAGCAAACUCAGCACGUCGCCGACUCUCUCGGAACCCCCAUUAGUGUGGUUCCAGACUCGCAACCCGAACAAACUCAGCAGGAUAUCCUCGCCUCGCAAGAGAUCAAUUCUCCUGUCACUGCCACCGUACGCGCUCACAGAUCGUCGCCACCUACAACCGAUGUACAUACAGCGAAGCGAAGCGGGGUAAAUCCUCCAAUACCGGAGAGAGAAGAGUAUACCAGCUCUCCGGACCGCGUCCGACAUGACGCUCCGCCCGUGCGACCCCAGCCCGAUCACGCCCCGCAGGAGACAACGUCUCCUGUAUCUGUAUCGCGUCGCAAAUAUAAUCUGCCACCUAUAACAGACGUUCCUCCAGCGAAGCGGAAUCGGGUCAGUCCGCCUGGUAUACCCGAAAAACAGGGAGAUGACGAGCCUCUGCCCGGAAGCCAAAACGAACCAAGUCAUAAUCAGCCGUGGCAUGAGCACGCACAAUCCACCCCAUCCGUCCCUAAUCUCUCUUCAGCACUUGAUGCCCCUUGCCACGACACGCCCUCUACGAAAAAUGCCCUAGUAACGACGCCCCUCAAGAUCCACCCGCCAUUACCCCCAGUCUCCAGAUUACCCUUCAAAACCCACAUCACUCCAACCCUCGCGAUGCUAGCCACGCGUCUCCGCUCAGGACGAACGUAUACCCCUGUCAAACAAACGCGAGAUCUAGACCCCCUCGAACGAGGCUACUGGUUCCUCCACUUGACUCUCGUUCCAUCCGAAUCCUCGCCGUCACCUACUGUACCCCAUGGCAAUCCCGUCAGCACCAACACCAGUACAACCUGGGACGUCUCCUUCUUCACCCGCUUCUGGACCUUUUUGUCCGAUUUCAUCAACAAGGAGGGUCGUGCAGGCUGGGGCGUAUGGUGCAUUCUCGAGGAUGCGCAGCCACCAACAUCCCUGAAGGAACCCAAACAAUCGACCCCCGGACCCCCCAUUUCCUUGCCAGGUGCAGCGGCGGCAGAAACGCAGCGCUUGACGCUCAAAAUCUACGCGUGGGGGGAGAUUGCCUCGCAUAUAUACCUGCUCUUGUUUCUAGCUAGUGAGCGACGGAUCCGGCGCAUGGGGGCGCAGUGGCGCGACGGAGGUGAUGAGAUUAUCAUAGAGAUGCCGUAGCUUCCCCCCCUGGUACUGUAGCAGAUCUGACCAGGGAAUACUUUUCUUGGACGUAGUUGGCUACAUUGGCUAUUCACCUACUUCCAGUAUAUAGAUUUCU